AUGGCAUCAUCCACCCUCCAAAAGACCUACCCCUGGACCCAAACCCCCCUCAUCAUCAACGGGCCCAUGGGCGGCUUCGCAGGGCCCGAGCUCGCCGCCGCCGUCACCAACGCCGGCGGCAUCGGCUUCAUCGCCGGCGGCCUCGACCUCAGCGCCCUCGACAAACAAAUCGGCACCUACCGCACGCUCCUGGCGCCACACAUCUCCUCCUCCCCCCCUUCCUCCUCCACCGAAGACGCCCUCCUCCCCGUCGGCCUCGGCUUCCUCUGCUUCGGCGCGCCCCUCGCCGACGCCGCGGCGCUCGUAGCCAAGCACCGGCCCGCCGCCGCCUGGCUCUUCGCGCCGCCGCAGCUGGCCGACCACGCGACGUGGGCGCGCGCGCUGCGCCACGCCAGCCCGCGCACGCAGAUCUGGGUGCAGACGGGCUCCGUCGGCGCCGCGCUGCAGGUCGCGCGCGAAGCGUCGCCGGACGUGCUGGUCCUGCAGGGCGCGGACGCGGGCGGGCAUGGCUUCGAGCGCGGCGCGGGGAUAGUGUCGUUGUUGCCUGAGGCGGCGGAUGCGCUUGCGGAGGCGGGGUGCGGAGGAGGGAUUAAGCUAGUUGCGGCGGGGGGCAUUGUGGAAGGGAGGGGGGCGGCGGCGGCGCUGGCGCUCGGGGCGGAGGGUGUGGUGAUGGGGACGCGGUUCCUCGCGUGCGAUGAGGUGGUGCAUGAGGGGUACAGGCGGCUGAUUUUGGAGGCGAGGGAUGGCGGACAGCGGACGGUCAGGUCGAAGGCGUUUGAUGAGGCGAGGCCGGGGGGUAAUUGCUGGCCCGAGAUUUAUGAUGGGAGGGGCAUUGAGAAUAGGACGUAUGCGGAUUUCUUGAAGGGGGUGGAGGGGGACGAGCUGAGGAGGUUGCAUGCCGAGUCGCAGAAGAAUGGGAAGGUUGCUGGGUUCGGCGAGGAAGAGCUCAGGGUUACCGUUUGGGCCGGCACGGGGGUUGGGUUGGUGAAGGAGAUUCUGCCGGCUGGGAAGAUUGUCGAGGAUGUGAGGGAGGGGGCGAGGAAGGUGCUUAAGAAUCUCAGUGCGCAGUUGUAG